UGAAAAACAAAACGCAGCUCAUAAAACCGACAAAAUCAUAUCAAAUAGCCAUAUUGAACUAUACGAGACAUUAAGGCCUACGAGCAUUUGGUCUGCUAAAAUGCCGUUGGCAAUGGGAACCAGUUAUAAAACGUUUGAUGAAGAUAAUGAGGAUGAAGCAGUUGAUGAUGCAAAGAAUAGGCCAACCAAAAUAUUUGAAGAACUCGGUUACGAAAAGAGAACUUGGAAACAUGUGUUCCGAAUAUUGGUAUCGGAGUUCUAUGCAACGGUUCUUUUCACGUUUGUCGGAGUUCUGUCAGUCUACACAGGAGGUGUAGCAAUGAACGUGGCAUUCGCACAUGGAUUCACCGUUCUUAUAAUGGUUGGGGUUUUCAUUGAUAUCAGGUGAGGACCAUUC